GGAGGGGAGGCGGGGGAUAAAUAAAGCCAGCAGGUCGGCCAGCUGUCCCAUGCCUUGGCCUGGGCCUGUCCGCUGCCUCUCACCCACCUCUCACUCCCAGCUUAGGGAGCAGGAACCCCUUCCCUGCUCCCUCAUGGGAAGCCAUUCCCUGGGGUGGCCCAGUGAGGUGGAGCAGCCGUCCAAUUAAAGUAGCUGCGAACCAUUUCCACUCCGGUUCAGACUUGCUCUUCUGUUCCUGGCCCCGUUAAGAAAAAACAUUCAUCCUGUGCCUGCAGAGUUCACAUUGAGCAAGCGUGUGUGGCCUGUGCGAGUCUGCGACGCACAGUGGUAGGGAAAUCGAGAUUUUGAUUCCCUGUCCAAGGACAAUGUCUUCGAGAAUAACCGCCUGGCCUUUGAAGUGGCCGAAAAGGAGCUGGGGAUCCCUGCCCUCCUGGACCCCAAUGACAUGGUCUCCAUGAGUGUCCCCGACUGCCUCAGCAUCAUGACCUAUGUGUCCCAGUAUUACCACCACUUCACCGGCCCCAGCCAAGCCGGUAUCUCACCGCCCAGGAAGGACCUGGCCUCCUCGACCCCACCAUCGGCGGUGCCUAUUCCAGCUGAACCAGGAGAUGAGGCUCAGAAUGAGAAGCUGUCCUCGGGCAGCCUGUCUGAGCGAGGCGCCCAGCGGGCCCCCAGCAGCACGUGUGCAGCCUGCCAGAAACAUGUGCACCUGGUACAGCGGUACCUAGCCGAGGGCAAGCUGUAUCACCGCCACUGCUUCCGAUGUCAGCAGUGCUCCAGCACCCUGCUCCCGGGGGCCUACAAGAGCGGGCCAGAGGAAGGAACCUUUGUGUGUACAGAGCGUUGUACCAGGCUGGGCCCAGGGGGACAGGCGGGAGCCAGGCCUGGGCCUCCCUCACAGCCAAAGUCACAGCAACUCGAAGAAGAAGCCAGGGAUGGUGAGGGAGGUGGCCCCAGCCCCGGUGUGGCUGCAGCACCCAAGGCCAUCCCCGAGGCCCGGCCCCACAUCCCCACCAAGCCACCCCUUCCUGGAAAACCCCAGGAGCUGGCCAGCUUCCCCUCCAGCCGGCCCACACCUGCCCCCAGGAAGACCUCUGACAGCGUUGCCUCAACUCCCCCCACACCUCGGCCCCGGUCCAGCCUGCAGCAGGACAGCUCGGCAGAGCAGGGUGGCAGCGGUGGCCUUGCAAACGGAAGACUUCAGGAGCCCCCUGUCCCCAAGCCCAGAGGGACCCCCAAGCUGUCCGAGAGGAUGCCACCCCCUAGGAAGGAGCCCCCAUGGAUAACGCUGGUGCAGGCAGAGCCCAAGAAGAAGCCAGCCCCGCCGCCCCCAGGCAGCCCCGGGCCACCCAGCCGGGCCAGCAGGCAGGUGGAGAAUGGUGGCGUAGAGGAGAUGCCUCAGUGCAGCCUGGUGGCCGGAACCAGCCGUGAGCCCAAGCCUUACAACCCCUUUGAGAAUGAGGAGGAGCCUGAGGAGCCAUCCCAAGCGGCACCUAGCUCGGCCCCUAGUCCUGCCCAGGCACCCCCAGAGUGCACCCCCAAGUCUCUGCACCCCUGGUAUGGCAUCACGCCCACCAGCAGCCCCAAGACGAAGAAGCGCCCUGCUCCCCGUGUGCCCAGUGUGACCCCGCAUGCUCUCCAUGCCUCCCGCCUCUCGCACUCGGAGCCCCCCUCGGCCACGCCGUCACCAGCCCUCAGUGUAGAGAGCCUGGCGUCUGAGAGCUCCAGCCAGAUAGGGGGUGGGGAGCUUCUGGAGCCACCAGCCGUGCCCAAGAGCUCCUCGGAGCCUGCUGUCCAUGACCCUGGCACCUCCGGAACUCCUGGCACCCCUGGGAACUCUGCCAGCCUCUCUGCCCACUCCUCCCUGUCCUCAUCUGGGGAGCUGGUACAGCCCAGUGUGGAGCAGACGCCUCCGGCCGGAAUAAAGGACAGCCCAGGUCCCCAGCCAGCCAGGCCCUGCAGUGGCGCCAUUCCCACGCCUUUCUUGUUGGUUGGAAAUAGGAGCCCUGCGCCAUCGCCUGGAAGCUCAUCUCCACAGCCUCAGGUAAAGUCUUCCUGCAAGGAGAAUCCUUUUAAUCGGAAGCCAUCGCCUGCAGCAUCUCCAACUGCAAAGAAGGCCACCAAGGGAUCCAAGCCUGUGAGGCCUCCUGCCCCGGGACAUGGCUUUCCGCUCAUCAAACGCAAGGUUCAGGCGGACCAGUACGUCCCUGAGGAGGACAUCUGUGGAGAGAUGGAUGCCAUUGAGCGCCAGCUUGAUGCCCUGGAACACCGCGGGGUCCUGCUGGAAGAGAAGCUGCGAGGCGGGGCCAGUGAGGGCUGCGAGGAUGACAUGCUGGUGGACUGGUUCAAGCUCAUCCACGAGAAGCACCUGCUGGUGCGGCGGGAGUCUGAGCUCAUUUACAUCUUGAAGCAGCAGAACCUGGAGCAGCGCCAGGCUGACGUCGAGUACGAGCUCCGGUGCCUUCUCAACAAGCCGGAAAAAGACUGGACAGAAGAGGACAAGAGCCGGGAGAAGGUGCUGAUGCAGGAGCUCAUGACCCUCAUUGAGCAGCGCAAUGCCAUCGUCAACUGCCUGGACGAGGACCGGCAGAGGGAGGAAGAGGAAGACAAGAUGUUGGAAGCCAUGAUCAAGAGGAAAGAGUUCCAGAAGGAGGCUGAACCUGAGGGCAAGAAGAAGGGGAAAUUCAAGACCAUGAAGAUGCUGAAGAUGCUGGGAAAUAAGCGAGACACCAAGAGCAAGUCCCCUGGGGACAAGAGCUGACAGCCAGGGAAGCCACCAGGACUGCCCCUCCUGGGCCCUUGUAGGUCAGGGGAGCACCUUGCUGCCAGGGCAGGGAGCCUCUGGGUGACCUCUGCCUUCUCAGGGUCCUCCGGCUGCUCUGGGCCAGAGUUUUCUUCCCUCUUCCCUGUACUCAGACAGCUAUGACUCAGCCCUGCCCAGUCCAGUUCUGACAUCUCCAGAUGCCUCAACAGACUCGAAGAGCCAGCAGGGGCCAGAGGCCAGGGAGGGUGGUAGCCGAGCCCAUGUGCCUCUCGUCCUGCCGGCCUGGCCUUUUCUGUGGCGGGGAAGCUCCUUGGCCGCUGUCCUGAUGAACACACUGGCCAGGAUUGUCUGACACCCAGUGUCCUCUGCAGGUCCCUGGCCCAGGGCUCCUGCUUCUCAUGGCUGGCCAGCAGCAGGGCUGCCUGACCGGCUUCCUCCUGCCCAGCUGGGACCCUGAGUCUCUGCCUCCUGUCCAGUGCGGGUGCCCUGAAUCUCAUGUGCCCUCACUCAGGCGCUCUAUUUAUGAAGUCUGCAGGUGGGUUUCAGCUGGUUGCUGAGUGGGCCUGUGCUGUGUCACGUGACCGGGCCUGGCGGGGAAAACCCCCCACUGCCUCCCUCCAAGAUCCAGGUUUCUCCCUCAUCACCCCUCUUCUAGAAAGCCUUGCUUCCCACCACACAGGGUCCUGGUGGCUGUGCCAGGGCCCGUGGGUGUCCCCAUUUGCUGUCCCAUGCUGAGUCCCCUGGAAAGGGCUUUUAUGGGGCAGCUCUAGUCAGAGCUCUAGUCCCGCCCCUCAGCCUAGGGAGGUGUGCUUCAGGUAGGUGCUACUCUGGUUCUUUAGUAAGUGUGACCCCUAACUAGUCUGACCCCUCGUUAGGCUUUCCUCCCCAGCCACACCUGGGGCUGGGGCUCGUUUCCAUUUGUGGUCAUCCAUUUGCUAGGCUGUCUCCUGUUGUCUUCCCUCCUUGACUCCUCACCAGAGGACUGAUGGCCACCUACCCACUAGGUGGCCGUGGAAGAGGCCGAGCGACGGGGUUACCACUUUUGCCCAGGGAAUGUGCCUGGCAGCUCUUGGUCAAAGCACUGUUCGAUAAGCUCUCCCCGGGCACUGCAGGCCCCUUCUCCGUGCACCUGGGGGAAGAGAUCGCACUGUAUUAACUUGAGGAUUCCUCACCAACAAUAAAAGGGAGACGACAGUUCUCGGGCCACAGCCACGCCUUCUGGCUGGCAUCUCUGGUUUCCCAGGAGGGUCUUGGCCAUGCUGGGCUCAGAUGGCUGUGUCAGCGUCCCACACUGCAAGGGUGGCUGCCCUUACUUAAGUCAUCGGUCACUUGUGGUCAUCAGUGUGGGCCCAGGGUUACCAGAUCCAUUCCAUUUUUCAAAAAGAGACUGGGAAUCCAGAUUCGUAUGUGGUGUGUCAUUUUUAAAUGUUGAGCACCUACUCUGGAUUUGUCCUGGUGUUCUCCAGUUUGCUGCCUCUGGACACGUGAUGGGCUUUGAGGUAGAGGAUGUGUCCUGUCAUGUUGCCGCCUUGGUCCUCAGGUCCCUGUGGGAACGUGACACAGGCUUCUCAUGUGUUGGCUGCUGCACAGCCCUGUUUAUUCUGCAAGCCAAAACACAGGUCACGUGACCCGAGGGAGCCAUGUGAUCGCAGUGGGAGACAGCCGGCAGGGUCAGUGAUAGUUCCAAAAUAUUUUGAUUUAUGACAACAGGAGAAAUGACAGGCUACUGGAGAGGGUAGGGCGGGUGAGUGUCAAGAGCCCGAGGGAACAGAGGGCCUGAUGUCCUGCAUACCGAGUGGGGGGCAGGAGUGGGAUAAGGUCACUGCUCGGUUGAAGUCAGGGGCUCACAGGUGCACGAACUACAGCUGAGGCUCUGGGUUUUAUUCAGGGUCACAAAACACAAUUCGGCGCUGGGCCUGCAGAGCCAGGGCCCCUUCAGCGUCGAUUCCUCCCAUUCUGCUUCAUCCUGUGGCCUGCCUUUAGUGCGAGACAGAGUGCUAACUUGAGGCUCAGAGGCAGCUUGCUGUUUAAAUGCCCUGGUUGCUGUAUCUGGCGAGCCUUACUUAACUGAGCUUGGUACUCUCACAGCAAGCUGCCUAGGGAUGUCUUAUGGGUGUCCCUUCCCAUUUCCUCUUGAAUAUGUAAAAGGGGAGCUGGAAACCAUCUGCACUCCACAAAAUAUACACUGGAUCUUAGCCAAAAGACAGAGAAGUGACAUGCUCUACAAAUCCUAACUCUUUGAGCAAAUAUCCCUCUGAAACCAAGGUAGUGUGCGGAAUGACCCAAGUUAAAUAUGUUUUAUUGGCCAAUUAAUUGUAGUUAAACAUUUGCCCAAGGUUGUAAGACCUGAAAUAGGUCCUAAGACAGGUGGAAGAAGACUUCCUCUUCACUCCUGUGUUCAGAAAUGAAACAAGCAGGACAUGCAGAGGCUGGAGGUGGUAGAGAGCUGCUGGAUGCCUGUGACCCGUGUCCACAGCGGUGAGAGCUGGGCCGUGCCGUCACUGAGAAAGGACUUCAAGUCUGUGCCUGUAACUGUGGGUGGCUCAGAGGCUCCGGCAGCAGUGGCCCUGACAUACCAGGUGGUGUCUGGGGCACCGUGUGCCCCAUGCUGUCAGGCGGGGCAGUGUUGGGCACCAUCGACAUGGGUGGGCUGACGUGAGGAUGGCCCGGCCUGGCAAAGGGGAGGGCUCCGGCCAUCCAGAGUGGGCUGCCCUGCCCAUCUCUAGGUGGUGGCCAGGGUCUUCCUAAGUGCCUCACUCCUCUUGUGGUCAAUGUCUUCCAUUUCCCGUAUUUUCUGCCAAAGAGAUCAGGGGAAGCAGGUGUCGGGAGGACCUGGAGGAGCCCCUGUGAUUCUGGCCAGAGCUUGAGACCCCGUGUGACUUUAGCCACUGUGGUCUGUGGUUCACCUCCAGUCUGUGCUCUGCACUCAUGGCCGGCCCACCCCUUCCCCGCUUCCCUGCAGAGAGCAGCAGUGAAACCUCACUUGGUUUCUUUCAUCCUACCUGAGAGAUCUCGGUGAGGAUGAUCCCUUGGUAUUGCCUCCCCUGUCCCAGGGCCUCCAUGGCAGCCAGGAAUUCCUUCCUCUCCUGGAUUUCCCUCACCACUGGACAGAGGAGAAGGGAUAUCAGUGCAGGGACACUGGGACCCCAGGCUCCUUGAGGGGGGCAGUGUUUGAUGUGGACACUUUUUCUCAUGUUGGCCCCAUCAAGUUCACACGAACACACAGCUCACGUUCUUCAAAUCGGUCCAGCUCGGGGGCCGGCUUCUCUUGCUGCACAGGGGCCCCCUUUCCUUUCCGUUCCUCUGGAUCCUUCCCAGUGGCAAAGAUAUUUUGGAGUCUCCGUUUCUCCUUCUCCAGAUCUCCUGCGAGGCCCAGAAAUGGCCCUGUUAGACAGUGAAGAGUGCCCGAAUCUCUGCUUCUAGACAGGUGUGCUACGGGGUUUCUGGGUCGUGGGGAGAGGGCUCGUGGACUGCAGCUUCUCCCUGGGCGUGCCCGAGCUUGUCAUGCUAAGAUGAUAGGAAGUGGUGGAAAGAAGCGAGGAAGGGCGAGCUGAAAGCCAUGCACAAACCUUGGUGCAGGAAAAGGCUAAGAAAACUCAGGGACCUGGGGUCCCAGUGGUGGCAGCCUGUGUGCCAGGAACUGCAGGACAUCUUGGCAGAGUCGGGGCAAAAGUCACGGCGGAUGCCAGGGAGGAAGUGGGGAAGAGGGCUCUGGGAUGUGGGCUGGAGAGCAGAGGAAUCUGCCUCAAGGGGCCAGCAGACGGUGAGAGGACAGUGGCAAAGAAACCUGACUUGCCUUAGUGGCAUCCAGUUAAUCAGGAAAUAAAGUUAGAGAAAAA